AUGGCGGAACCCCCUUCGACUUCGACACCUCAGAUCGGCGGGGACGGCAAGGAGAACCGGCCCCCAAUGUCAACACAACCUCCCACCGGCCAGACGGUUGACUCGCACAGCGUUCCUGUGGUCGUGAGUGGCACCAGAGCAGAGUCUCUGGGCGGUGUCCAACUCAACACGCACCUCCAAGGAUGCAAGGAGUCGGUUGACGAAGGGGCAGGCAACAUGCAUUUGAGCAGGCCAGCGAUCGUGAGUCGGGAGAGCGCUCUUUCAGACUGUUCGCAGCGUGCCGAUUCUAGUUCCGAACUUGGCACAAAGCCGCCUAGUCUUGACGGGAAAAGUAUCACCUCCGGGACCACCUUUGCUCUGGACGAGAAGGAGUCACUGCGGCCUGACGACAGCGCCAGUGUGAUGGCAGCAGGUGACGACGAUGAGGUCUUUUCUGUCCGGGGGUCGAUCUUCGCCGGUUCACGUAUGGGAUCGGAUCUUGCGGCUCGCGCCAGGGGUAUUCAGUUAGGCGACAUGCCCGAUCGCCGGCUCAUGCAGGCCACGCCAGCCAGCUCGGGUCCUGGUGUUCUCACACCUCACAGCAACGCUUCUGAGCAGCAGGCGCGCGGCGUACUGCCUCCAUUGACAGGUUCUUCGGCGCCUCCUGACGCACUUGAUGUCAUCUAUCGCCAAGCGCCUGACGACAAAUUGAUUGACGCCAUGAGAGACCAAAAGGACAGACUUUACCUGCUCAGGGUCGAGGCUCUUCUGAUCAAUUUCGUGGAAAACUCCAAUAAACCGUUUGAAGACGUGGUAGCUGGCAAUUCCUUCUACAGAAUGUUGGCACACAAGUUGGCCGACUACUACCACAUGACGCAUUCUUACGAGCCCAGCAAAGACGCUGUGCGCAUCUUCCGGACCCCUUUUUGUCGAGUUCCGACUUCACUCGCCAACUGGAACCCUGAGCCCAAGGCGGAAGAGAAGGAAGAGUCGCCCCCGAUGAUUCUACCCAAGAAGAUCAUGCGCAGAGGCCAGGAGGAUGAGACAGGCACAGGCAGCGCGGCACCGUCCAAGCCAGCUUCGGAAUCAGGCACAGAUUCGAAAGAGGGCAAAGAAAAGUCCCAGUCCGGCCAAAAACUGACUCGCGAAGAACGCGAAGAGAUUUACAAAUUAGCGCGUGAGCGUAUCUUCGGAUCCGCCGAGGACAGUGCCCAGGAUGCAGACAAGGACAAUGGUGUCUCAAGGACCAGCUCGGUCUCGGCCAGCAACAAUAAAACAGCCCAAGGCAAGGCUCGUCGCGGUGCAAGGCAUCGGCGUGACGACUCUGAUGGUUUCGACUCCCGAAACAACUACACGCCGUACUGGUCUCCGCAGCAGGCAGCCUGGGGCACUGGCUAUGGUCAGGGUUUGCCAUCACACGCCAGCAUGCAGCAACUGUACAACUCAGGCAUGGCACCAGGCUAUGCGCUCAAUGUUGCGGGACAUCCCAACAUGCCAGGGGCAGUACCUGGUAUGGCACCUAGUACGCCCCAAGGGGCGCCCGCCGGUCAAGGGUAUCCCACCUAUCCCGUGGCGCAGGCACAGUACCCGCCGCAUGCGCAACCCCAGAGGUUUCCGAGCAGUGGCAGUCCGUACGUCCCAUCAACACCGGGAACGCCUCAGCAGCAGCAGCAGCAGCAAGGCUGGGGUCCCGCGCCCUCAUCACCUGCGGGCUACCAGCCAAAAGGAGGCAGUCCCAGCAUUCCGUAUGCUUUUGGCCAGCUCCCUGCGCACAUGAAUCCUCAUGACCCCAAGUCGCAGCAUCCUAUUCCCGGAAGCUACAACCGGAACCACAGCUUCAACCCCAAAACCCAGUCUUUCGUGCCGGGGAGCGUAGGGAUGCCUCCAGGGCCAGGGCCGCAGCCACCGUUCACGGCGCCUACAUCGCACCAUGGAAGUCCCCAGAUAGGGUCCACGGCGCCUGCGUUCCCAUACCAGGCAGGGCCUCCACAACCCUACAACGGGGGAUAUGGCAUGGUACGGCAGGCUUCAAACACCUCGGCCCCCGGCUAUCAGACAGCCCAAAUGCCCCCUAUGUAUGGCCAAUAUCAGCAGCCUACGCAGCCCGGCCUUCAGCAGAUGCCCUUGCAGCACGUAUCCUCAAACCAAUUCCCUCAUACCUCACGACCGCAUGCCUCACAGCAGCCGGCACACCACCCUCCCCCUCCAAACUUCAACCACCUGCCAACAUACGGCAACCCGGCAAGCCUUCCACAAAAGCCGGCCAAUGGAUUCUAG